AUGCGUGAAGUCUAUUAUUUGGAAGGAGACCUUGUAAUUGAUACAUGCGCUUGUAACGAUUCAUCACUAAUACCAGCGUCUACCUUACCCACCGAAUGCCUUAGUCCGGAUGGAUCAAGUUGUGAUUGGUACAAGAAUUGUCUCGAACGCGAAUAUUCAUGCCAAGGCACCCCGACUGAGCAUGUUCUCACCUAUGCAACAGCAUUUUGUGAACUCUACACGAAGCAUAAAGACAUAUUUUCUGGUCAGGCACAACAGUGGAUUAAUGAUGCACGUAAAUGUUUACAAAUGGCUCUUGUUCCAUUCGUUCGACCAUUUCUUAAUUAUAAUUGCCAAGCGAUUCGCGAUAAAGCAUUUACUUCAUACAAACCUUGCUAUCUCAGACCCUAUCCAGAAGCUGCAUCAAUCUGCCAUAUGACCAGACGAGAUUGGUUACGAGUAUUUUGGACGCUCAAAUCGGCAUUUAUUGCAUCGACACCAAUAGCCUAUAGUUCAUUGCAAAAGGCAAUUGAUACAUUCAAUGAAUGUAGUAUGGAUACCGAAGCGAACGAUUUCGGACACAUCUUUAAAGAAUUUAAACUUACACUUGAUAUUAUUCAAACAUCUGUAGAUAAUUUCAACGAAGAUCAAUCUAAUCAAAUUGCAGUCCGUAUUGCUCAUAGCCUUGCUAAGAUUGUAUUGGCGCCACCAACACGAUGGGGAUGGUACGCUUACGAAAUACCCUUAUUAACUUUGCCGAGUCAUACUGGAUACAAACAAAUGGCUGUUGAACUACUUGUUGCUGACUUACCUGGCAUCGUUAAUGAGACGUUGAUACCACCUGUCAAUAUAAAAUUUUUCCAACUUGUCCAUAUAUAUAUUAUUCAUCAUCCUAACCGAGAUGAUACUAAUAAUAAAUUGAACUCAGGUUUAUCAAAAUUUACAAUUUGCAUGCUGUUUGAAGAAACGGAUACAGAGGAAAGUGGUAAUUCACUGAGUGACCUGAGCAGUUUGGACAAUGAUUUUUCCAAAAUGCAAUUUGAAUCUUCAAGCUCCGAGGAAGAAGUUACUAAUGAUGAUGAUGAUGAUGAUGUGGAUUUACAAGUCUUUGGAUGA